UGAGAGAGAGCCAGAAGCAAACCGUUGUGAUUUGUAACUGCCUUGUAAAUUAUAUUUGAAACAUCCACUCAAAGUCAUGAAUGUAUCCAAAGAAUGAGAGCUCUCCAUGUUCUCUUCAAACCAAACUCUUCCCCACUCAAACCCACCUCCUCUUUCUCCAAAAGCGAUGUUUCUUCUCCUCAACCCUUCUUCACAGGAACCAUUAAUCCACCUGAAACCCACUUCAUAUCUCUCAUUCACUCCUCCAAAACCACCCAACAACUCCAACAAAUUCACGCCCAAAUCAUCCUCCACAAUCUCUCUUCAAACACUCGGCUCCUAACCCAAUUCAUAUCUUCAUGUUCUCUCCAUAAAUCAGUCGAUUACGCUUUAUCCAUCUCUAAACAAUGCGCUGAUCUCAAUUUGUUUCUGUUCAAUGCGUUGAUUCGGGCACUCGCUGAGAAUCGCCGUUUUGAAAGCUCCAUUUCCCAUUUUGUUCUCAUGUUGAGGAUGUGUAUUCGACCUGAUAGGCUCACAAUGCCUUAUGUGCUUAAGUCGAUCGCGGCAAUUGUUGAAUGUGAACUUGGAAGGGUAGUUCAUGGUGGGAUCUUGAAGAUGGGUCUUGAAUUUGACUCGUUUGUUCGAGUUUCAUUGGUUGAUAUGUAUGUGAAAUUUGAGUUAUUGGGUGAUGCUUUGCAGUUGUUUGAUGAAAGUCCUGAAAGAAAUAAGCUUGGGAGUAUACUGUUGUGGAAUGUAUUGAUUAAUGGGUGUUGUAAAAUGGGAGAUUUGAGAAAGGCAACAGAGCUAUUCGAGACAAUGCCGGAUAGGAACGCUGGUUCUUGGAAUAGUUUGAUUAAUGGGUUUAUGAGAAAUGGUGAGGUGGACCGAGCAAGAGAGCUUUUCGAUCGUAUGCCAGAGAAAAAUGUGGUUUCUUGGACCACAGUGGUUACAGGCUUUUCACAGAAUGGACACCAUGAAAAGGCUUUGUCUAUGUUUUUUCAGAUGCUGGAGAUGGGAGUGAAGCCUAAUGAUCUAACUUUGGUUUCUGCACUUUCGGCUUGCGCGAAAGUUGGAGCAUUAGAAGCUGGAGCACGAAUUCACAAUUAUCUUUCAAGGAGUGGAUUCGUGUUGAACAGAGCCAUUGGAACUGCUUUGGUAGACAUGUAUGCAAAAUGUGGGAAUAUCGAGUCUGCAAUUUGGGUGUUUGACAUGACAAAAGAGAAGGACCUUCGUACUUGGAGUGUGAUGAUUUGGGGUUGGGCAAUCCAUGGAUUUUUUCAGCAAGCUCUUCAAUACUUCGAAAAGAUGAAGUUAGAAGGAGUUGACCCUGACGGAGUUGUCUUUCUUGCCAUCCUAACUGCAUGCUUACAUUCUGGGCAAGUAGAUAAGGGACUUAGUUUCUUUGACAGCAUGAGAUUUGACUAUUCCAUUGAACCAACCAUGAAACAUUAUGCUUUAAUAGUAGAUCUCCUAGGCCGGGCAGGUCGUCUAGAUGAAGCUCUAAGAUUUAUUCAAAGUAUGCCGUUAGAUCCUGAUUCUGUGAUAUGGGGGGCACUCUUUUGUGCUUGCAGGGCUCACAAAAAUAUUGAGAUGGCCGAAUUUGCAUCAGAGAGGCUCCUUCAGCUUGAGCCGAAGCAUCCUGGAGGCUAUGUCUUUUUGUCGAAACAUGUAUGCUGGGUAGGUAGAUGGAAGAUGGUGAAAGAGUGAGGAACGUCAAUGAAGAACAGAGGUGCAGAGAAAAAUCCCGGGUGGAGUUAUAUUGAGGUUGAUGGCCAAGUUCAUAGUUUCGUCGCCAAUGAUCAUGCUCAUGAGAGUGCAGAAGAGGUAUAUAAAAAAUUGGAGGAAAUAACAAGGAGUGCAAGACAACAAGGUUACGUGCCUGGAACUGAGUGGGUACUUCAUAACAUUGAAGAAGAAGAGAAAGAAGAUUCAUUAGGAAGUCAUAGUGAGAAACUGGCACUUGCCUUUGGGCUGAUCAGUACUAGUCCAAAUAUGACCAUUAGGAUUGUGAAGAACCUGAGAGUCUGUGGGGAUUGCCAUUCUAUGAUGAAAUAUGUCAGUAAGAUGAGUCAAAGGGAAAUUGUAUUGAGAGAUAUAAAGCGAUUCCAUCAUUUCAAGCAUGGAAUGUGUUCAUGUGGAGAUUACUGGUAACAUGGCGCAAAGGGGAAACUGGAAGGCACCAAUGAUGGCCAAAGUCUCUCAAGAAUCUCUUUCACUAGUUUAGGUUGCUCUUCCUUGCCAUCAUCAUCACCAUCGGCAAUUUCUGAUCUCUCAAGCAAAACUUUUAUGCCAAGAAUUGUAUAAAAGUUCAUCUCCGAUGCAACAACAAUAUUACCAUCAUCGCCAAAUGGAAAUCCUUGAAAAAGGAAAGUAAUUGCAAGUUAUGGAAGUUAAUAUUUUUUUGUAUGGGCUAUGAUAUGGAAAUAAAUGUAUUUUGACUAUAUUGCAGGAAUUUUUUGUAAGACCAUGAUAUGAAAAUGUAAUGUAUAUUGACUAUAGUGCAGAAAUUUUGUAAUGGACCAUGGUAUGAAAAUGUAAUGUAUUUUGACUAUAGUGCAGGAAUUUUGUAAUGGACCAUGAUAGGAAAAUUUAAUAUAUUUUAGCAUGGACCAUCAUAUGAUUAGUUUCAUUAA